AUGGACGAAUGGCGGCACAUACCGUCGAAACUUAAUGUGGCAGAUGAAGCUACCAAGUGGGGUUCCGGACCGAACUUUGAGCCAAGUUGUCGUUGGUUUCAAGGUCCUGCUUUCUUGAGCGAUCCUGAAACACAGUGGCCAAAGGAAUCGAAAAAUAUUCCCCUGGAAACCAGAGAAGAACUUCGCGAAGUUGUCCUACACCAUUCGAGCGUUGUAGUUGGCAUAAUAGAUGUAGAGCGUUUUUCCAACUGGAACCGUCUGCUGCGUGCAAUGGCAUAUGUUUUUAAGGUAGCAUCGUUGGCUAAAAAGGUGAACAGGGACAGCGGUACCGGUUUGAGCAGAGAUGAACUCAUGAAGGCAGAAGUUACACUAUGGCGUGAAGCACAAACGCAAGCUUAUCUCAACGAAGUGGAGUGUUUGCGCAAAAGAGCGGCACUAGGAAAAUCAAGUUCUCUGUAUCCGUUGAUACCAUUUCUGGAUGAAUCAAAUGUUAUCAGAGUCGGUGGUCGCAUAGGAGCGGCUCCACUCGUUCCGUAUUCAGCUAAGUACCCGAUAAUCCUUCCAAAGGCACACAGGAUCACCAUGCUCAUCAUCGAUAGUUAUCAUCGGAAGUUUCUCCACGCCAAUACGGAGACCGUAUGCAACGAAAUAAAACAACAGUUCUACAUACAAAGUCUGCGCACUCUCGUACGGAAAGUUAGUCGAAGCUGCCAAAUGUGCAAGAUCAGAAAAGCUGUUCCGACUCCACCGUUGAUGUCUCCACUUCCCGAGGUCCGGUUGACUCCAUUCACACGUCCAUUCACCUACGUGGGCGUGGAUUACUUUGGGCCAUUGGAAGUCACAGUUGGGAGAAGUGUUGUUAAGAGAUGGGUAUGCCUGUUCACGUGUCUCACGAUACGUGCAGUACAUCUGGAGGUUUGCCACAGUUUGUCCACGAAUUCUUGUGUUAUGGCCUUCAGGAGAUUCGUUGCAAGGCGUGGAGCGCCCCUGGAAGUCUACAGUGAUAACGGGACCAACUUUGUUGGCGCCAGUCGUCAGUUGUCAGAUGAACUUCUUAUUCGUAUUCGGAAAAUCAACGAAAACUGUGCUUCGACCUUCACAAACGCUCAUACUAAGUGGUACUUUAACGUACCUGCUGCUCCGCACAUGGGAGGACCAUGGGAGCGUAUGGUUAGGUCGGUUGAAGUAGCUAUGAAAGCCAUUACUGAGAGUUCCCGUCAUCCGAGCGACGAGGUGCUGGAAACCAUACUCACCAAUGGGAUCAAGCAGCCUGUUACUUCUCCGGUCGAUGGCACAGGUGCUCUGCGUGAUAGCUGGAAACUGGCCCAACAUAUGGUGGAUGGGUUCUGGCGGAGGUGGAUUCACGAGUAUCUGCCGAUGCUUACGCGACGCACGAAAUGGUUCGAGCGAGUGAAACCACUCGAACCAGGUGACGUAGUGAUUGUUGUGGACGAGAACACGAGGAAUCGCUGGGAGAGAGGAAGAAUUCUGGAGACCUUUCCAGACAAGGAUGGCCAAGUGAGACGGGCGAGGAUUCAGACUGCGAGAGGAGUAUUUUCCAGACCUGCUGUUAAGCUAGCUGUUCUGGACGUUGCUAGACCAAGAAGCAGAACAGAAGGAAUAUCGGAAACGGAAGUGGAUCACGGGUCGGAGGGUGUUACGGAUCCCACUGUGCACCGUGACGUAUAA